ACGCAAGUUGCACCUCAACAUAGCGAUUCCUGGAAGAUACUAGUCUUCCAGCAGCGCUAUUAAUCAAACACAAAAAACUUUACAACUAUCCUUCUCCCUUUCUUCUGUGCUUUAACUUCUUUACAAAAAUGAAAUCCAUGAUCGUUGUAGCUUGCUUGGCGUUGGCGUGCGGCGCUCACGCGUCCCAGGGCUGGGCCGGCCCUCCCGCCAACAUCGCGCUGUCCCAGGACGGCCGCAACAUCCUCGACACCCCCGAGGUAGCGCAGGCGCGCGCCGCCCACCUCGCCGCCCUCCAGCAGGCCGCCCAGAACAACCCCAACCCCCAGGACGACGGCUCCUACAACCCCCAGUGGGACAACGAGGAGUACUGGCAACGCGCUGAGCAGCCGAAAUGGAACGCAGCCCCCGCUAACCAGUGGAACGCCGCCCCCGCCCCGUCCUGGAACGCUGCCCCCGCCAACCACUGGAACGCCGCCCCCGCCGCCCCCGCCUGGAACGCCGCUGGUCCCGCGCCCGCCCCCGUCGCCGAGACCCCUGAGGUAGCGCAGGCCCGCGCCGCUCACCUCGCCGCGCUGUCCGCCGCCAAGUCCGCCGCCCCCGCCCAGCAGCAGUGGAACGCUCCCGCCCAGCAACAGUGGAACGCUCCCGCUCCCCAGUGGAACGGUGCUCCCUCCUGGCAGGGCGCCCCCGCUCACCAGCCCGCCAACAUCAGGCUAGCCCACGACGGCUCCGGCAUCCUCGACACCCCCGAGGUGGCGGCGGCGCGCGCUGCGCACUUGGCCGCCCACCAGCAGGUGGCGCACGCGGCGCCCGCGCACCACGCUCCCCAGCAGCACUGGUGAACUCCUCCUCCCCUUCCCUCUUCUCUUCUUCCCUCUUCUCUUGGGGUCUGAACCCAACUCUAGCGUGUAGCUCCGGUCCUGGUGACCAUUCAUAUGCCAUUACGCCCUAGGGCUGCGUUGAGGCGUUUUCCUCCUUCGAUCUCUUUACUUUUUAGAAAUUUUCAAAGUGCAAGUGCGUCAGCCUGUUCUUUCUCUCUGGCUUUUUGUUACUUUUAUAAGAAAUUUCUAUAAAACGAACAUUUUGUACAUAAUAAUUAUUAUAUGUAUGCGUAAUAAACGAAUUUAUAUGGAACGGAAAAUUA